AUGCAUACGGUCAAACGCAUAAUGUUCACUUUCAAUGCCUUAUUUUUAAUUCUCAUUUCAUCGAUAUCUGUUGCUGAUUAUGAAGACAUUGUUCGAGCUCAUUCUCCUACUGUUUUAAAUGGGUUGCUUUUUGUAUCUACUAUUGAUGGAUAUUUGAAAGCAAUUAAUCUUAUUGAUGGGAAAAUAAAGUGGUCUCUGAAAGAAGAUCCUAUAUUGAUAUCUCCGAAAGCAAUUUUGGAUAAUUUCACUUUUUUACCUGACCCACAAGAUGGAGGUUUGUAUGUUUUAAAGCAUGGUCAGUUAAUGAAGUUGCCUUAUUCUAUUCCACAACUUGUAUCAGCUUCUCCUUGUCGCACCAGUGAUGGUGUUUUUUAUGCAGGGAGUAAAAAAGAUGUCUGGCUCGAGAUUGAUGCUGUUAAAGGGUUGAAAGUGGGUGAGCUUUCAUUGUAUCAUACAGAUCGCCAAUGUCCGCUCAAUAAAAACACUUCUGUUUUUAUUGGAAGAUCUGAAUACAAGUUAACAAUGGUAGAUCCAAAAAAUCGAAAUAGACGAUGGAAUGCAACUUUUACCGACUAUUCCAGUCAUUUGUUGCCGGGGAUUGACAAACUUGCAGCUGACCCUUCUUAUCCGUACCAGCACUUUACGAGUACUUCUGGUGGUCGUGUGUUAGCAGUGAAUGGCGCAGAAGGAAAUCUAGCAUGGGAUGUGGAUGUCGGGAGCCUGGUAGUUGCCAUGUACCUACUUCAAAAGGAUGGCUUGCAUAAGUUGCCUUAUACCGUUAUUGGCAGAGAAACAUUGGAAGAGUUCAUAAAGGUAAUAUUUUCAUCAUUUUCAUUUGUUUUAAAAUAA